AUGGAGUCUGGUCUGAUCAGGCGUUUAGCCCCGCGCCUGGGCAUCGUCGAGCCGGAGGUGCUGAGGAAAGCAGAGGAGUACUUGCGACUGUCCCAUGUGAAGUGUGUUGGCCUGUCUGCACGAACCACAGAAACCAGCAAUGCAGUCAUGUGUCUGGACCUUGCAGCUUCCUGCAUGAAGUGCCCUUUGGACAGGGCUUACUUGAUUAAACUUUCUGGCUUGAACAAGAAGAUGUAUCAGAGUUGUCUUAAAUCUUUCGAGUGUUUAUUGGGCCUGAACUCAAAUAUUGGAAUAAGAGACCUAGCAGUACAGUUUAGCUGUACAGAAGCAGUGAACUUGGCUUCAAAGAUACUGCAAAGCUAUGGGUCCAGUCUUCCACAAACACAGCAAGUGGAUCUUGACUUAUCCAGGCCACUUUUCACCACUGCUGCACUGCUUUCAGCUUGCAAGAUUCUAAAGCUAAAGGUGGACAGAAAUAAAAUGGCAGCCACAUCUGGAGUUAAAAAGGCCAUAUUUGAUCGACUCUAUAAACAAUUAGAAAAGAUUGGGCAGCAGAUUGACAGAGAACCUGGAGAUUCAGCUACUCCACCACAGAAGAAAAAGAAGACAGUGAUUGAACCUUCAGCAAAGGAAAUAGAAAAUGCAGUAGAGACCCUACAUAAACCGCAAAAAGAUGAAGAUCUGACACAAGAUUAUGAAGAAUGGAAAAGGAAAAUUUUGGAAAAUGCUGCUAGAGCUCAAAAGUCUGCAACACAGUGA